UCAGGAUUCAGCUGCCAGAAGCUUUACCCUAUGCACUAAGAUCCCUACAAGUACUGGUUGUAAAAUAGUAAAAUUUUCCUCUGAUCAACCGAGCAGCUCUAGCACUGACAGCUGCGCUACCUGGCCAGUCGUCACCAUAGGCAGCCACAGUCUACAGCCCUAUAUUUAGCUGACAAGCAAGCAAAGUUAACAAAUCGCCGAGCAUAAUAUGCAGUACUAGCAUAGCAUAGUAACCACACGGCACCAUAUAUACGAACGUGUCCCGGCUCCUGGCCUCUUAGCCAGUUGCUACACCACCCAGGACAGCACCGCACAGCCGUUAGCCACAACGACCAUUGCAUCUCCGGCCGCUCGCCUUAUGCCAGAGAAGCCUCCGCUGCUCCGCCGCCGCCCGAUGGCGGCGGGGAGCUGGGUCCGCUCCCUCCACUGCAAGUCCACGGCGGCCGAAGACGUCGCCGCCAGAGGCGCGGCCGUUCCCAAGAAGCUCCACCCGCUCCUCCCGCGCUCUGCUGGCUGCGGGAUCUCCGGCGACGCGCACAAGAACGUCGCGUCAUCAAAGCCGAAGCCGAAGCCGAACCCCAACAGGGCCAAGAAGACCAAGCCAACCUCUGUGCCGCCGUCGCCGCCUCCGGGUCCUCUCGGCCCGCUCUCGGCGCUCACCGAGCUCCCGGCGGGGCACUCGUCACGGCAGGUGGUGGAGAUCAUCUUCCUGUCGUCGUGGUCUCCGCUUCCGCCGGGAGCGUCCACAGCCACCGGCGGCGCGUUCCCGGGCGUGGUGGAGAUGCUGUUCCGCGUCCACAAUCCGGCGCGCGCCGUGGCGCGCUUCGAGGACUACCGCGCCGCGGUGCGCGCCCGGGCCGGCGGGGCCGCGCGCAGCGCCGCGGACGGCAACGAGAUGAUGCGCUUCUCCCAGGCACCGCCGUACGGCUCGUCCUCGGCUGCAACUGGCGGCGGGGAUGCCCUGCUCGUCCGGACCUUCGACGGCAGCGGCGGCGCGCACGCCAGCGGACGCGGGCCGGCGUCCGGCCGGCGGGCCAUGUUCCUGUGCAGGGUCAUCGCCGGCCGCGUGGCGGAGGCCGGGACGGGCUCCGAGCCCGCGCCCGGCAAGGAGCACGACUCCGUCCGCGUCGGCAAGGGCGAGCUGGUGGUGUUCAACCGGCGAGCCGUGCUCCCCUGCUUCCUCAUCAUCUACAAGCUGUAAAAAGGAAAAUUAAUGUUCAUUAACCCUACUGCUAAUUUUUCGUCACUUACGGGUUAAUCGAUCGAUUGCAUAGCCAAUUACUUAUGUUCUAAUCAUCCUCCUCGAUUGUUAAGCUUCGCCAUGACUCGUCUCGCACUAUCGCUGCCCGUAGCUCGCUUGCAGGCUGCAGCUGCGCAGACACUGUGCACUUGCAGUUCCUACGCGAGCUUAAGGCGCGCACAGUGGCCGCGCAUGUUCGGAUUGCGUUCUUUUGCGGACGCGUGCAGUGAGGACUGUGCGAGCGUGGUGGCGUUGGUUGUUUAU